AUGUUGUACGCCACUGAAGUAUCAAACAACACCCUCUCACAUACUACGUUAGACAUGAUCAGCUAUGUAGGGCAAACUAGAAGUGUUAAGGCCGAAAUGGAAAUUAGAUCUGUUAAGGAGAAGCAUAGAAUUGGUCUACUUGGUAAAAUGCUUUAUACUUGUAUGAGAACCAUCAGAUCAAAAUACAAGGAUUCUGAUACUUGUUGUAACUUUCUAGAGCAUACCAAUAUUGAGACUACUAUCAACUGUCGAUCCAGGAUUAGAAAGGAAAAAAAGCCAAUUAGACCCUGUUCUUAUUCUACGGGCCUGGUAUGGUUGAAACAGGAUUCCGGCUGUAACAAGGGAGAAAGCGUACUUGCAGCAAAAAUGAAGGCUAUCAGCAUUUUGAUUGGGGAAGAUAACAUCUUCCUUAUCCUAUUACCGACAGAAGGAAACUGUUAUAUUGCAGCUUUGUCUAAACCGAAGCUAAAAACUGUAAUUCAAGAGCAGAGAAUUGGAUCUACCCCCACAUCUGUUUAA